AUGCUCAACUAUGUUAUGCUCGUAUCUCGGCAAGGCAAAGUCCGCCUUGCCAAAUGGUUCCAGACGUUGCCGUCCAAGCAAAAGGCCAAGAUUGUCAAGGACGUGACGCAGCUCGUCCUGGCACGCCGGACGCGCAUGUGUAAUGUGCUCGAGUACAAGGACACCAAGAUCAUCUACCGGCGCUACGCGUCGCUGUUCUUCAUCACGUCGAUUACGCCGGGGGACAACGAGCUCAUUACGCUCGAGAUUAUCCACCGCUAUGUCGAGGUGCUCGACCGGUAUUUCGGGAAUGUUUGCGAGCUCGACCUCAUCUUCAACUUCCAGAAGGCGUAUGCGAUCCUUGAUGAGCUCAUCAUCGCCGGCGAACUGCAGGAAUCGAGCAAGAAGGCCGUGCUAAAGACCGUCGCGCAGUCGGAUGCAAUCGAGGAGGCCGAAAUUUCCGAGGACUCGCUCGCUCGCCUUGGCUCGCUCGCUCGCAACAUUUAG